AUGAUACGGGACCGUAUUGUAUUUGGCACAAAUUCUUCUAAGGUUCGAGAAAAGCUCAUUAACGAAGGUGCAGAAUUGACCUUAGAUAAAGCUGUACAAAUCGCUCAAAAUAUGGAAUAUUCCAAACAGCAAUUGAGUUCAAUGGCAUCUGCGGCGGACAAGGACGUUCACCAAGUGGCAAGGCCUAGAAAACGUUUAGUCCGAAGGCGGGAAAAGCCACAAGACAGUGACGGGAAAGUGACCUGCUCCAGAUGCGGGACAACACAUCAAGAGGGCAAAACGUGUCCAGCGAAGGGGAAAACGUGCAGAAAAUGUGGCAAACUGAAUCAUUUCCAGAAAAUGUGUAAAUCACGUAAUACUGUGAACCGGACUUAUCGAGUGACGAUCAGGAUUUCUAUGUAUGCACGGUACAUGCAGUUUACAUUUAAAACCAAAAGCUAUACAUGUAAUUUGUCCACCCAGGCGUGUACCUGUAGCUUUACAGGACCGUUUAAAAAUGAGUUGAAGUCUAUGGAGGAUAAAGGAAUUAUCCAAAAGGUUACUAGACCGACUGACUGGGUCAAUUCAUUAGUCUGUGUGGAAAAACCCAGCACUGGAAAGCUGAGGGUGUGCUUAGACCCUGAAGCACUAAAUGACAAUAUCAUGAGACCGCACUACCCUAUGAGGACUAUAGAAGACGUGACAAACCAAUUGACAGGUGCUAAGUACUUCAGUGUAUUAGACGCAACGAAAGCUUAUUGGUCGAUAAAAUUGACGGACGAAUCCUCAUAUUUGACGACAUUUAAUAGUCCCUUCGGUAUAUACCGAUAUUUGCGGCUUCCUAUGGGUAUAAAAAGUUCCCAAGACAUAUUUUGUCAAAAAAUCGACGAAUUUUUCGAGGACGUGACAGGCGUGAUGUCAAUAGUAGACGAUCUUCUUGUGUACGGACGGACUAUCGAAGAGCACGAUGCAAACCUGACACGUGUUUUGGACCGAGCACGUGAAAAGGGUAUUAGGUUUAACCCAGACAAAUGUGUUAUCGGCUCUCAGGAAGUUAAAUACUUUGGUCACGACACGUAUCAAGAAUUGUCUGACGGACUUGACGUGCACGUGUAUACGGUUAUUAAUAGUUUACCGGUUAGCGACGGAAAAUUACAAGGCCUCAGACUUUCCACACAGCAAGACAGUCAGUUUCAGACACUGAAACAAACAAUUAUUGACGACUGGCCUGAAUCUAGGCAUGAGUGCCCGAAUUCCAUAUUAGAAUUUUGGAAUCAUCGGGAUGAACUCUCGACUGUAAAUGACAUAAUUUUCCGCCGUCAAACAUUGGUCAUUCCAAGUUCAUUGCGAACUGAAAUGAUUUACGCUGUUCAUGUGGGAGUGACUAAAACGCUGAACAGGGCCAAGGAUAUUAUGUUCUGGCCAGGCAUGGUCAAACAGGUCACAGACCACGUGUUAGCAUGCCCUUUAUGUCUAACACACAGAGCAUCAAAUGUGAAGGAACCUUUGAAUCCCCACAUUGUGCCCCAAAAACCCUGGCAACAUAUUGCCGCUGACUUAUUUACGCUUGACGGACGUGAUUACCUUAUAACUGCCGAGGUCUACAGUAAUUACUUUGAAGUCGAUGCAUUGCCAGAAACAAAAAGUAAAACUGUUAUUAGAAAAUUAACAAUGCAUAUGGCUCGCUAUGGUCAAUUAGAGACAUUGAAAAGCGAUAACGGGCCACAGUUUAGCUCAGAAGAAUUUCAAAAAUUUGCUUCUGACUGGAAUUUUAAGCAUGUAACAUCUACACCUGGAUAUAGUCAAUCCAAUGGUUUCAUAGAAAAAAUGGUCUCAAUAGCCAAAAAAACAAUGAAAAAAUGCCAGGCGACCAAAACAGACCCAUAUUUAGCAUUUCUGGAAUAUCGUAACACACCUUUAAACUGCGGAUAUUCUCCCGCACAACUGUUAAUGGGCAGACGGUUAAAAUCCAUUUUGCCUUCAACUAAUGAGCAAUUGAAACCAUCUUUCAUUAACCAAAAAUCUGUAAGAAAAUCUCUGCAAGAAAACAAGGUUACGCAAAAGAACUAUUACGAUAAAAGUUCGAGGUCACUUCCCCCGCUAAACAAAGAUGACUCUUGCAGGGUGCAAUUUGGGAAAACUUGGAAACCAGCCAUAGUUCUAAAAAAAGAAGGGGAGAGAUCAUACAAAGUUCAAACUGAAGAUGGCGCUAUUUACCGCCGUAAUCGCCGCUUCAUAAACAAAACGCGGGAAAAGUUCCCUAUCAAUACAGAGUCCUUCACUAAUAUUCUCCACCAAGGUCAAGAUCCUAACAAGUAA